CUGAGUCCAAACCCAAAGAUGUCUACUACAUACUUGCUAGUGUUGUUGCUUGGCAUGGUGGUUCUCACCACCCCCUCACUUGGUGAUUACCCUGAGCAUCCCCCCUUCGAGAAGCCACCACCAGAGCAUAAGCCUCCGGUGGAGAAGCCACCUCCAGAACACAAGCCACCCACUAAACCUCCCCAGGGAGAGAAGCCCCUCCCAGAACACAAGCCACCGACCCCAAUUGGUAAACCUCCCAAGGGAGAGAAGCCACCACCAGGACACAAACCCACCCCAUUCGAAAAACCUCCCAAGGGGGAGAAGCCACUCCCAGAACACAAGCCACCAACCCCAGUUGGCAAACCACCCAAGGGAGAGAAGCCACUCCCAGAAAACAAGCCACCAACCCCAGUUGGCAAACCACCUAAGGGAGAGAAGCCACCACAUUAUGGUCACAACCCUGGUCACCCUCCUGCUGAGAAUGCUGAAGACUCAUACAAGCCACCUCGGAAGAUUAAGCCUCCUUCAACUCCAGCAAAGAAGCAACCAGCUCCCGGAAAGAAGCUGCCAACUUCCCCGCACAAGCCACCCCUCAAACCUCCUUCUCCCAUCCAUCCCAACUGAGCGACUUUGAUCAGUAUGAGUAAUAUGUAAAAUAAGAGCUUCUAUGUACCCGUAUUAUCUUUUCCUGUGACUCAUAUGCAGUGUUCUAUAUAUAGAUCUGUCACGUCUGUCCUGUUUAGGAAUUUUGACUGCUGUGAGUUACUCAAAGUGUUUGUCCAUUGCUUGUAGCUGAUGAGCAUUGAGACAUACGCUGUUAAUGUUAUAUCGAUAAUAUUGAAUGCUAUCUAUGUUUAGCUUUCUAGAAUA